CAAUAUAAAUUACAAAUCUCCUGUAUAAAAAAAAAACAAAACCCUAAACCUUUUAAGAAUCUCGUAAAAACCUAGCUGUAGCAGCAAUCUCUCUCGUUUCUGAUCGGAACCAUGAGCAAGUCUAGCAAAAAAUCCGACACCAAAGUUGAAGCCGCACCACCUGCUUCAAUCACAAAGCCACUCAAGAAAGGUAAGAGAGAUGCGGAACAGGAUUUGGACAUCCAAGUUUCGAAGAAGCAGAAGAAAGACUUGAUUGCUGCUGUUCAGAAGGAGAAAGCUGCGAAGAAAAUACCAAAGAAGGUAGAGACUAGCAGUUCUGACUCAUCUGAUUCUGAGGAAGAUCAGAAGAAGGAGAAAGCUGCCAAAAAAAUACAGAAGAAGGUAGAAACUAGCAGUUCUGACUCUUCUGAUUCUGAGGAAGAGCAGAAGACUAAGAAGACUACUAAGAAAGUUACUGCAAAGGAACCUCCAUCUAAGCUGAAGGAUGACUCUUCUGAAGACGAUGAUGAUUCUUCUUCGUCGGAUGAGGAUGAUUCUUCUUCGGAUGAGGAACCUGCCCCUGCAAAGAAGCAACCUGAACCUCUUAAGAAAGACAAGGUAGAUAGCGAGGAUGAUUCUUCUUCAGACGAGGAAACCGCCCCUGUGAAGAAGCAAACAGCAAAAGCUCUUAAGAAUUCAAAGGUCGAGAGCAGCUCAUCAGAGGAUGAUUCUUCUUCAGACGAGGAACCUGCCCCUGCAAAGAAGCAACCUGUUAAGAAAGACAGCUCAUCCGAGGAUGAUUCUUCUUCAGAUGAGGAAACUGCCCCUGUGAAGAAGGUAGCGUCAGUUCCUAAGAAGGCCAAGGCAGACAGCAGUUCAUCUGAUGAUGGAUCAUCUGACGAGGAACCUGCCCCUGCAAAGAAGCAACCUGAACCUCUUAAGAAAGACAAGGUAGAUAGCGAGGAUGAUUCUUCUUCAGACGAGGAAACCGCCCCUGUGAAGAAGCAAACAGCAAAAGCUCUUAAGAAUUCAAAGGUCGAGAGCAGCUCAUCAGAGGAUGAUUCUUCUUCAGACGAGGAACCUGCCCCUGCAAAGAAGCAACCUGUUAAGAAAGACAGCUCAUCCGAGGAUGAUUCUUCUUCAGAUGAGGAAACUGCCCCUGUGAAGAAGGUAGCGUCAGUUCCUAAGAAGGCCAAGGCAGACAGCAGUUCAUCUGAUGAUGGAUCAUCUGACGAGGAACCUGCCCCUGCAAAGAAGCAACCAGCAGGUGUUGAAAAACCCAAGGCAGAAAGCGAAUCAUCUGAGGACGAAACAUCUUCAGACGAGGAAUCUGCCCCUGUGAAGAAGCAACCUGCAGCCUCUAAGAAUGCCAAAGCAGCGAGCAGUUCAUCAGAAGGAGAAUCUUCUUCCGACGAGGAACUCACACCUGCCAAGAAGAAGCCAACAAUUGGUAAGAAAGCCAAAGCAGCUGCAAAAGAUUCAUCAUCCUCGGAGGACGAUUCUGAUGAGGAAAGUGAUGAUGAAAAACCUCCUACAAAGAAGCCUAAAGUUUCAUCAACAAAAACUUCCAAACAAGAAACCUCUAGUGAUGAAUCUAGUGAGGAGUCUGAUGAGGAGGAGAGNUUGAAAUCAAAAAUCCAGGAUUCUGAUAUUGAAAUGGUGGAUGCAGAGCAGAAAUCAAAUGCAAAACAGCCCAAAACACCAACAAUUCAGGGAGGAUCAAAGACAUUAUUUGCCGGAAAUCUUUCCUAUGCAGUUCAGAGAUCUGACAUAGAGGAUUUCUUCAAAGAAGCUGGUGAAGUUGUCGAUGUUAGAAUUGCUUCACAUGAAGAUGGGAGUGCUAAGGGAUAUGGGCAUGUUGAAUUCGUUUCUGCAGAAGCAGCUCAGAAGGCAAUGGAACUGAAUGGUAACCCCUUACUAGGCCGCGAUGUUCGUCUUGAUCUUGCUAACGAGAUGGGACACAGAACUCCACGAAGCAGCAAUCCUGUUUCCUAUGGAGUAGGAAGCCAAUUUCGAAAGCUUUAUGUUAGAGGAUUUGAUACUUCUCUUGGAGAAGAUGAACUCAAGGAUGCCUUUAGAAAUCACUUUAGUACUUGUGGAGAAGUGGGAAGGAUUUCUCUUCCAACUGAUCGUGAGAGUGGUGUCAUGAGGGGGAUGGCUUACAUAGAUAUGAAGAGUGGAUUCGAUGAGGCGUUGCAACUGAGCGGAAGUGAAAUGGGAGGAGGAUUUUUAACGGUGGAAGAGGCUAGACCAAGAGAUAGUGAUGGCAGUGGUUCAAAUGACAGACCUCCAAGGGACAAUGGUGGCCGUUUCUCGAAUAGAAGAGGUAGAGGGGCACCUGGUAGAGGACCACCUGGUAGAGGGCCACCUGGUAGAGGACGUGGCCGUUUCAGUAACGCUGGAAGAGGACCCAGCAAACCAAGUCUAAUUGCAUCUGCGCAAGGGAAGAAGACCGUCUUUAAUGAUGAAGAGUAGAAAGCUUUUUUUGUGGUUGGAGAUGGCUCUUGUUUUUGUUCUAUCUUUUAUUUAGCUCUUUUUUUUGGCCGUUUCCUAUUGAGAAAAGCAUGAAACUUUUAUUAUGUGAUGAGUUACUACUCUUCUUAAGAUAUUUGUGUUGGCUUUGCUUAAACUAAGAGCACUUUGCUGCUUAAAAUUUUGAACUAAACCUUUACCUUUAUUGAUGGUUGCAUUACUACC